CAGUAGUCACUUCCGGCUUGAGCGGCGGCAGCUUCUGCACGUGUUUUAUUGGGAUCCUGGGGCCUUCCCGGGAAUACUUCUUCCCGGGUUGAAUUUGUCGGACCCGUGCUGUCUUAAGGCCUAAGGAUGAAGGCGAGAAGAAAUAAAAAACAAGUCCCAAGUUUUCGUAAGCUGAUAAAAACUAGUAAAGUCAAACUUGAAAAUAAGCUGAAAAAUAAGCAAUUUAAACAGCAAAGCACUCUCAAGAAGUACCGAAAAGAACAGAGGAAACUAAGGCAAGCUGUAAAUGACGCUGUAUCUAAGAAGCCUAUUCCACUGGAGGAUCCAAAGGAAAAAUGGGCAGGUAAAAGGAUUGAGAAGGAAGAGGAGGAAGAAGAGGAAGCCCUUCCUUUAGAUAUGAUGGAUGAAGAUGACUUGCAGUUAAUGGAGGAAUUAGGACAAAGAGCAUCUUUUCUAACAAGAGAUCUUUCUUCUAGUGAACCUGUUCACGCCAAGAAACGAAAACAUGAGCAUGUUAUAGAUAAAUAUGAAAAAAUACCCAGAACUCUGCAGACUGCACCAGAGAAAGAACUGAUUCACUUGCUUCCUAUCAAAGAUAAAAGUGGUAUAAUCCCACAGACAAGGGAGAAGCCAGUUACUGAAAGUAACCAAGAUGAAGAAAAUCAAGAAGAGGCGGAACUUGAGGAAGAGACCAUUGAAGAGCCCAUUCGUGAGCUGACACUAGAAGAACAUUUAAUUGAGAGAAAGAGAAAAUUACAGGAGAAGAAAAUGCACAUUGCAGCUUUGGCAUCCGCCAUAUUAUCAGAUCCAGAAGGCAAUAUUAAAAAACUGAAAGAAUUGCGUUCCAUGCUGAUGGAACAAGAUCCUGAUGUGGCUGUUACUGUUCGAAAGCUGGUGGUCGUUUCUCUGAUGGAAUUAUUUAAAGACAUCACUCCUUCAUAUAAGAUACGACCCCUGUCAGAGGCAGAAAAAUCUAUUAAGAUGCGCAAAGAAACCCAAAAGUUAAGAGAAUUUGAAGAAGGCCUUGUUAGCCAAUAUAAAUUUUAUUUGGAGAAUCUGGAACAAAUGGUUAAAGACUGGAAGCAGAGGAAGCUGAAGAAAAGUAAUGUAGUUUCCUUAAAGGCGUACAAAGGGCUGGCGGAGGUGGCUGUGAAGAGCCUGUGUGAGCUGCUGGUGACACUACCUCACUUCAACUUCCACAACAACAUCAUUGUGUUGAUCGUCCCUCUCAUGAACGAUUUAUCAAAAUCGAUCUCUGAAAUGUGUUGUGAGGCAGUAAAGAAACUCUUUAAACAAGAUAAAUUAGGUCAAGCUUCCCUUGGUGUUAUUAAAGUGAUUUCUGGCUUCGUGAAGGGCAGAAAUUAUGAUGUUAGACCAGAGAUGCUAAAAACAUUCUUGUGCCUAAGAAUCAAGGAAAUAGAAGUGAAGAAAGAUACAGAGGACAUUAAUAAACUGAAAAAGUUCAUGACUUUCAAGGAGAAGAGGAAAACUCUAUCAAGAAUGCAGAGAAAGUGGAAGAAAGCAGAAGAGAAACUGGAGCGAGAACUUCGAGAGGCAGAAGCUUCUGAGAGUACUGAGAGAAAGCUUAAACUGCACACAGAAACUUUGAAUAUUGUGUUUGUGACCUACUUCAGGAUACUGAAGAAGGCCCAGAGGUCUCCUCUCCUGCCAGCAGUUCUAGAAGGUCUUGCCAAGUUUGCUCACCUUAUAAAUGUGGAGUUUUUUGAUGACUUACUAGUAGUUCUUCAUGCUCUCAUUGAGUCUGGUGACCUAAGCUAUCAAGAAAGUCUUCAUUGUGUUCAGACUGCUUUUCAUAUUCUCUCUGGGCAAGGUGAUGUUCUGAAUAUUGAUCCAAUGAAAUUCUAUACACAUCUUUACAAAACACUGUUCAAGUUACAUGCAGGUGCUACCAACGAAGGCGUCGAGAUUGUCCUCCAGUGCCUUGAUGUCAUGCUGACCAAGCGAAGAAAGCAGGUUUCUCAGCAGCGAGCCCUUGCCUUCAUCAAGCGCCUCUGUACUCUUGCUCUUCAUGUCCUUCCAAAUUCGAGCAUUGGCAUUUUAGCAACCAACAGAAUAUUGAUGCAUACUUUCCCCAAAAUGGAUCUGUUACUUGAUAAUGAAUCUCAAGGAAGUGGGGUCUUCCUCCCAGAACUGGAUGAGCCCGAGUACUGUAAUGCUCAGAACACCGCUCUUUGGGAGCUGCAUGCACUACGGAGACAUUACCAUCCCAUUGUGCAGAGGUUUGCAGUUCACUUGAUGGCUGGGGCACCUUCUGAAGGCUCUGAAGCAAUCAAGCCAGAGUUGAGCCGAAGAUCAGCUGUAGAGCUUUUUGAGACUUACAGCAUGGCAGCAAUGACAUUCAAUCCUCCUGUUGAAUCUUCAAGCUCCAAAAGGAAGGAUAAAGUUUUACAAGGUGAUUCAUUUCUAAAUGAAGAGUUAAACCAACUAAUUGAAAGAUGUUGCAGUCAAGUUACUAAGUCGCCUCUGGAUUUUGCGAAAUAUUUGAAAACAUCACUACGGUAGUAGAAGAGUGAAGAAUCAGUGAACUUUCUUGUAUACUUAAGUAUUUAUGCAAAUGCAUAGAAACAUAUGACUAAGUUAGCACUUCCACUUUUUAUACAAGAGAAGAUUCCCACGGGCCAUUAAUGUAUAAGAGUUACCUUUUGUUAAGGGUGCAAGUGUUGUGUUCUGUUCUGAAAAAUGUUAUUAAGAACUGAGAGCUUCCACCCCCAGCAACCUCCAAUAGUUGGACAUUUCUUUCAUAAUGAUCUUCUUUAAAGCUUUAUUAUUAUUAUUAUUAUUAUUAUUUAAUUUGUAUUGUUUACCAGAACCCUACUUUUUUCUUGCUUAUGCUGGUACAGGGGAUUUAACCUGGGACUACGGAGCCCCAGGCAUGAGAGUCUUUGCAUAACCAUUAUGCUAUCUAAUCCCAUCCUAAACAAUUUAAUAUUCAUACCAAGCUACGGCUGUUACAAAGUCUUUUGACUGAAUAUGUUUAAAUGAUGAUUUAAAAUUCAGUGGUGGAGUACAGAAAAACCAAGGAGUAUGAGAUUUUUUUAAACCACUCAGUUACUCUAUAACCAGAUACCCUUUAUAGUUAAAUAAGUCUUUUUUUUUUUUAAUUUGUUUUUUCCCUUUCUUAAUUGCAACACCAUAGGGAAAUUCUAAAUUUGUCUGGGCUUAUUUUUACGAAGACUCUUGAGAGUACAAGUUGCUUGAAACUGGAUACAUGGUUCAUUAGCUCUUUCUAGACCAUGUACUUUAAACAGUAACCUGGUUUUUGAAGAAUGGAUAUGAUUCUAGUCUCUUCAAAGUCUUUUGCUUUUCCUACCAUGUUCUGAGAAAUAAUGAGGGAAGAAUAUCACCAUUUGUUUUAAAUUUAAAGGGUAUCCAGUGAAGUUCUCCCCCCCGCCCCCAGAUAAAUUGCCUAUACUUAGGAUUGCAAUUAUAGUGGUCUGGGAGGUGGCACAGUGGAUAAAGUGCUGGACUCUAAAGCAGGAGGUCCUGAUUUCAAUCCCCAGCAGCACAUGUACCAACGUGAUGUCUGGCUCUUUCUCUCUCUCUCUCCUCCUAUCUUUCUCAUUAAUAAAUAAAUAAAAUAUUAGGGGGCCAGGUGGUGGUGUAACUGGUUGAGUACAUAUGUUACAAUGCCCAAGGGACUUGGUUUGAGCCUCUGGUCCCCACCUGCAGGGGAAAAGCUUCAUGAGUGGUGAAGCAGGGCUGCAGGUGUCUUUCUGUCUCUCUUUCUAUCUGCCCCACCCAUCUCAAUUUCUGGCUGUCUCUAUUCUAUAACUAAUUAAAGAUAAUUAAAAGAAAGAAAAAAAAUUUUAAAAAGCAAUUAUAGAGCAGUGGUUUAUGUAAUAGCUAUUGUCAUAUUCUUGGAAUGGCCUAGGAAAUACGCAUUUUAAUUAAUGGCUAGGCUAUAAAUAUUCCUUAUUGCCAACAGUUUAAUAAAACAGUUCCCUUUUGCAUUUUGAA